AUGGACGACGAGACGCAAAAGCUCAACCUGAAGCGGGAAGUAGGGCUGGUGGGAGCCGUGUCCCUCAUCGGAGGGACAAUGAUUGGAUCUGGGAUCUUCAUGUCCCCACAGACAGUGCUCUACACCAUCGGCAGCCCUGGAGCCAGUUUGGUUGUGUGGGCGUGCUGUGGUUUACUGGUGAUAAUGGCGUCUUUCUGCUACGCUGAGCUGGGCACUGUUAUAAGAGAAUCAGGGGGGGAGUACAUCUACAUCCUCAAGACUUCAGGUCCGGUAGUCGCUUUCAUGUUAAUCUUCAGCUCUGUGUUAUUUGUGAGACCUGCAGGUGUUGCUGGCAUCUCGCUGAGUUUCGCUCAAUAUGUCGUGGCUCCUUUCUACUCAGACUGCCCCCCUCCGGUGCUGCUGGUGAAGUGCGUGGCUGCAGUUGCAAUUAUAGUGCUUGCCACUGUGAACUGCCUCAAUGUUCGCUUUUCAAUGUCAAUCCAAGUGUUUUUUAUGGUGGUAAAGGUCCUGGCCCUGGCAGUCAUUAUAAUAGGAGGCUUGGUGAUGCUCAUCAGAGGGCACACUGAAAGCUUUGAGGACUCCUUUGAGAACACAAAUGUUGGCAUCAAUCCAAUUGGUAUUGCUUUCUACCAGGGACUGUGGUCAUAUGAUGGCUGGAACAAUCUGAAUUAUAUUACUGAAGAGUUGAAACAUCCAGAAGUGAAUCUUCCCAGGGCGGUUGUGAUAGCCAUUUCUCUGGUGACGGGCUUAUACCUGCUGGUGAAUGUGAGCUACCUGACGGUAAUGACGCCUGAAGAGCUCAUGUCCUCCAGUGCUGUAGCAGUAACCUGGGGGAAUAAGAUGUUAGGACGCUGGGGCUGGAUCAUGUCUGUGGCUGCUGCAUUAUCUGCUUUUGGUUCACUGAAUGGGACGUUCUUCAGUGGAGGCCGUGUGUGCUUUGUUGCUGCCAGGGAAGGACACCUGCCCGAUAUUCUAGCCAUGGCUCACGUCCACAGACUGACUCCAUCUCCAGCGCUGAUCUUCACCACUGUUGUCUCUCUGCUGGUGCUCAUCCCUGGAGACUUCCAGAGCAUUGUCAACUACUUCAGUUUCACUGCCUGGUUUUUCUACGGCAUCACGCUGUCUGGACUUCUCUAUCUCAAGAUUAAGAAGCCGGAGCUCCCCAGGCCGUACAAAGUACCCAUUAUACUCCCCAUCCUGGUCAUCAUCGUGGCAAUAUUCCUUGUGCUGGCACCCAUCAUAGACGAUCCUCAUAUUGAAUACCUCUAUGUGACUUUAUUUAUCAUCAGUGGAGCUAUAGUCUACAUACCUUUCAUCCAUUACAAGCUCUGCCCAGGGCUGUUGACCAAGUUAACAGUGAUUCUGCAGCUCUUUUUAGAGGUCGCCCCAACAGAGAAAAACCUGUGAUUUGUGUGGAAAAGUCCAGAAAUAAAAGGUGUUUU